CACCAGCGAGAUAAAUAAUUGCAGAAGCAUCCAUUGAUAAGCACAGAAAAUCGUCUCGAUCCCUUCUUCUGCUUCCAGCUUCAACUCCAUCCAUUAAAGAAACGAUAAAAAAACCAUGUAUCAUCCAACCAGAGGAGGCGUUCGCGGCGGACGAGAUCAAUUUAGUUGGGAUGAUGUUAAGGCAGAUAAGCACAGAGAGAAUUAUCUUGGUCACAGUAUUAAAGCUCCUGUUGGUAGAUGGCAGAAAGGGAAGGAUUUACAUUGGUAUGCCAGGGAUAAAAAAUCUGGGAGUUCAAAUGAAGAUGCCUUGAAAGAAGAGAUACAAAGAAUCAAGGAAGAGGAAGAGCGGUCCAUGAGGGAGGCUCUUGGCUUAGCUCCAAAGCGAUCUGGCCGACCUCAAGGAAAUCGUCUUGAUAAACAUGAGUAUACAGAACUUGUUAAGCGAGGUUCUACGGCAGAGGACUUGGGGGCUGGGCAUGCAGAUGCAGCACGGGUUGAUGGUCUUGGUUUCUCAAGGGCACCUCGGGCCUGGGAAGACCCAAGUACUCUUCCAUCUAUUAGCAAGGAGGCUUCACCUGAGCCAGUUAAGGUGGCUAUGCCUGAUCCACCAGCAGGAAACUCCGAAGAAGAUAAACCUGAGGAGGACAAAAGCAGCCGAAAGAAGAGGAGGCACGAGGAGAAGAAAUACGAGAAGGAGAAAAAACGUGGAAAGCAUGAUAGGCACGAGAAACACCACUCUCGCGAUUCUGAUGAGAAGAAACACAAGAAAGACAAGGAGCGCAGAAGACACAACUCUGGCUCGGACUAAAUAUUCUUAUUCAUUUGGAAGUUUUAUCAUUUCUGAUAGUUCAUGAUAGAUGGCUGUAUUGCAGAAAUGGAAACCAGCAUUUCUGAUGUAAACUUCAUGUAAGAUUUAAAAUGGUGUUAUUAUGUGAGAUGGGGCAAUUUAUCUGCUUUGAUUAGUA